CCCUCUCACCAAAAGCACCAAUUUUUUGGUAGAAUUAACAGUCAACGACGGCUAAAGGAUGCAACCGUCAUUUUACAUUUCAAGCUACCCGUCCUUCCCGAUCUUCUGAAACAGAAUCAGAAUCUCAUUUCCGGCGAGACGCAACAAAGGAACGACGACGGCAAUGGCGCGAGCAGCUUGGGCGGCGGAGAUCCGCUGGUCGGCGCUCACCGUUGCUCUCGUUCUAUCUUCUCUGAUCCGGCCUUCGAUCUCAAUAUAUUGCGACGAAGACGACUGUUACGAUCUCCUUGGAGUCUCUCAGAAUGCCAAUGCGUCUGAAAUUAAAAAGGCUUACUAUAAGCUGUCACUGAAAUUUCAUCCAGAUAAAAAUCCGGAUCCAGAAUCAAGGGCGAAGUUUGUAAAAAUCGCGAAUGCCUACGAGAUACUGAAAGAUGAAGCCACAAGAGAACAGUAUGACUAUGCUAUUGCCCACCCCGAAGAGGUAUUCUACAAUGCAGCUCGAUACUACCAUGCAUACUAUGGCCACAAAACUGAUCCUCGUGCCGUCCUUGUUGGUCUUCUUUUGAUUCUCUCAUUAUUUCAAUAUCUUAAUCAGUGGACAAGGUACAAGCAGGCUAUUGACACGGUCAAGAAAACACCAGCUUACAAAAAUAAGCUACGUGCUUUGGAACUUGAACGCAGUGGAGGUGUUACAAGUAGAAAGAAGAAUAAUAAAGCUAUGGAUAAGAACAUGGAGGAAGAACUGAGCAAGGACCUUAAUCUGCAGAUAAAGGGAGCUGAAAUACCAUCAAUUUGGGAACUUGUUGGUGUUCGCUUUUUGCUCCUUCCUUACACUAUUGGAAAGCUUCUGUUGUGGUAUGGCUGUUGGUUCUGGAGGUACAACGUCAAAAGAGCUCCAUACUCUUGGGAAGAUGCUUCUUAUUUGACUCGAAGAUCUCUAGGCGUUUCUUUUGAUUCGUGGAGAUUCAUUGACGAACCGUGCAAAGAAGAUCUUAUUCAAAAACGACUGUGGGAGAAGUCCAACCUGGAGAGCUACCUGGCAGAGACACGGAAAGAAUCAAAACGACGAAGAUAGGCAACAAACUUCCCUAGGAUGAGAGAGUAAGUUAUGAUAGUCGAUUUCUCACAUUAAAAUCAAUCAAAUACGUGUAACACUACUUGAUCAAGUACCACAGAAUGUAUGCGCAGAUCCAUUGCCAUUUUGGUGUAGAAUUCAUCUUUUUCUAUGUAGAAUUCAAGUUUUUCACAUAACUCUUGGGCUGCUAAGAAGGCUGCGUAGAGAAGUUUGAUAGGGAUUCUUUUAAAGCAAUAGGGAAUUCUUUGUAGCAUUCUUUUGUAACAAAUAUGUGUACUUUCA